AUGAUUGUAUCUGUGAGAGAGCUUUCACCUGCGGUGGAUCUGAGCUCUCUGGAAGGACACGGAGGUACACCAGAAGAAGAGGAGCCCGACCCUGCCAGACUGAAAAAGGCAGGGACCAAUCUUGUCCAUCGGAGCUUUUUCUUUCCAACGGACCCAGAGCAGCCUGACUGGAAGCCGUUCUCCCUUAAGAGCUAUUACAUCGCGAUGUUGACGGUAGUAUCUCUCGUGCUGGCUGGCGUGCAGGAAUAUUUGUACCAGAGAUCACACCGACUGGAGAAAGAAGGGCGGGGUCUGGUUAAUUUCAACGACGUUGACGAGAUAUCAACAUUGCUCUUCUUCUGCUGGAAGUAUUUACCCACCAUGGUCAUGGUCGCAUAUGGUGUUUUAUGGCAGAUAACCGACUUUGAGGUCAAGCGACUGGAGCCAUACUACCAGCUGUCACAACCUACGGGAAGCACUGCUGCACAGAGUCUCAACCUCGACUAUGCCACCCUGUGGUCGUACACGGUACCGAUCAAGGCUUUCAAGUACAAACAUUGGGCGGUUUUUGUCUCGUCCGUGGCCAGUAUCCUAGCUACCACUGCUGCGCCCUCCUUGCAAUCCCCCAGCAUCGAUUCUGUCGAGAACCCGAAGUGCAAUGACGACCCAGGAACAAACUGCCCUGACGACUUCAGAUACUUCAUCCGCAUCAAAGCCGUCUGGUCGCGCCUCGUGACGGUCUGCCUCAUCCUCGUCGCCCUGUUCUCCAUCGUUCUCCUGAUUCAGCUGCGCCGCAAAUCCGGCCUCCUUAGCGAUCCGCAUGGCGUCGCUGGCAUCGCAGCCAUGGCCACCAAAUCGCACAUCCUCCGCGACUUUGACGGCAUGGACGAGGCCCUUCACGACGAUAUCCACGAGAAGCUCCGCCAUCGCCGCUACAUCCUCUACAAAUCUACCAUCUGGCAAGGCGAAUACACCAAGAACGAAACCUCCAUUCGAACCGACAAGCCGCUCAAACCACCCAACCCAAACCCCAUCCUCCUCCGCCCCCCUUUCCUAAUGGCCUUCAUGAUCUCCAUGGCCGUCUUCCUCCCCUUCAUCCCCGCCAUCGCCUUCACAAACCUCAACAUCAUCGCCCGCAAACUCCCCUGGCUCCCCAUCCUCCUCGCCACCUCCAUCAAACAACUCUGGACCACGCUCGAGUUCGACGUCAAGCUCCUACACCCCUUCCGCACCCUCGCCACCGGGCCCGCCCCGGCCUCCCAAACCCUCACCCUCGACUACCGAGGCACCCCCUACGGCCUCCUUCCCGCCCAAGCCCUGCUCAACGGCCACUCGCUCGUCGCCCUCGUCGGCACCGGCUCCAUCCUCGCAGACAUCCUCACCAUCACGCUCGCCUCGCUCGCCCUCAAGGCCGGCACCGAGUCCCCGCGCUCCUUCAUCGCCUCCUCCGUCCUCUCCAUCGUCAUCGUCGCCGUCCUCAUCGCCGUCGCCUUCCUCGUCUUCCUCCGCCACAGAACCCCCUUCAUGCCCCGCCAGCCCGCCACCAUCGCCUCCAUCCUGGCCUUCGUGCACCACUCGCGCAUGCUCGACGACUUCGUCGGCACAGAGCGCUACUCCAACGCCCGCAUGCAGGAGCUGCUGGCCGCGAAGAACAAGCGCUACGCGCUGGGCUGGUUCAAGGGCCGCGAUAGUCGGCCGCAUUGUGCCAUUGAUGAGGAGCCGAUGCUGAGUCGCUAUGUGCAUGGAGUGAGUUAUCUGCAGGCGCAGGCGCCGUGGGAGGAGAAUGUGGGGUUCUAG